AUGUCCGGUUGGAUUCCUACCAUUAAUUUAUGCUGUUCCCCAUCAACCGUCGCCGUAACUACGACCGCCGUGGAACCUCCGCCGUGUUUUACAUCCCAAAUGGACCAUGAUUUGUAUUUGAAUUAGUCGGGCCCGCUCUGCUAAUGCGUCCCCUUUCUGGGUUUAUUGAAAAAAAGGGGAUGAUUUGAAGCUUAUUUAACGAAUCAAAGCGAAUUUCUCUGUUAUCUUCGACGGCCUGACUGUAAUCAAUCUUAUUGCUUCUGUAUUAUAAUCAUCUCUUCGAGAAUCUGGUUAAUUUCGAGUUGUUUUGAUGUUUAAUUAGACAACUUGAGGUUAUCCUGUGGUCGAAGAUUUCUGGGUUUUUUGUUUCAGCUGGGAGAGGAUUGUUUGUCCUAAUUCUCGAUUAUUGGCCAACGACAUUAUUUGAAUUCUUGAAGAAAACCUGAGCUACGGUGGCGAUGAUCAAUGCUUUCUGGGGUCAUGUUCUUCCAUUUGGGUUUUUAUCGUUUGAUGAAAUGAUCCGGAUUGAUGUUUCUAGAAAAAAUGGGCGCCAAGGGGGUGAUUUUAUUGAUCGCAAUUAUUAUUUUACUUUACCCUUUGACAGAGGCAGUAAAUUUAGAUAGAGAUCGCCAACAGCUUCCUCUUGACAAUCGAAUGGAUUUGGAGGAGACCAUAGAUGAGGAGAAGGCGGAAUUAUUAUGGGUGAACUGCGGAGCCGAAUUGAUUUAUUCGUUGGAAGCUUUUCAAGAUCUUCAGUAUUAUCCCCACGUUAAGAAAACAAUACUCGAUUGCCUAAGAGAUAAACAUAUAGUUUUAUCUAAAUCGAGAAAAGAAAAACUUACUAGAAAAGGGUACAUAGAGUAUUUAGUGUCGUUUUUGCGCAAGCCGAAUGAUGGUCCCGGAAGACGCAGGUUGGCCGAAGCAACCGUUAGCCAGGGAACGGUUAUUGUUGCUGUAAUCAUUACUGCAAUCGUGACACUUUGUCUUGCUGGGUUUGCGUUCUAUUGUUAUAUUAGGAAUUAUGGUCUCGCUGGCAUUCAAAAUGAUGAGAAGCCUCUUCUUAGUUUAAGCAUGGGAAGCUCAAAGAAAGCCAAGGACAAAGACGGGAAUCCGGACAAUCAAUCAAAUGGACAGAAAAAUGAUUUGUCUAUGGAUGCUAGAGUCUCGGUUGAUCCAGGUGCCCCGGGAUCGGAUCCAUCAUCUUUGGAUCCUUCUAUGCACCCUCCAUCCGGAAGGGUACAAUCGUCUUUGCGACACACUUUGAAGCCUCGAGCCAUGAGGGCAGAAUCGUCUUUGCGACCAACCGCAAAAACAGAAUUUGUUCUACGGCCUUCUGCUGGAAAGACCGAGUCGACUCAACAGGCUUCUGCAGGAAACACAGAAUCACCCCUACAGCCUUCUUCUAAAGGGACAGAACCACCUACCACUGGAGCCUCUCCUGCGUCUCCUCCUCCGGCUGCUGCUCCAGCCCCUCCACCCACUGUUCCACUCCCUCCGGCAGCCACUCCGCCCCCUCCUGUACAGUCGACCCCAUCUGGACCUCCUGCUGGGCCACCACCUCCUCCGCCUCCAUCACUAUCUAUUAAAGGUGCACCUCCACCGCCACCUAAUGGAGGAGCACCUCCUCCACCGCCACCUAUGGGAGGAGAACCUCCUCCACCACCCCUACCGGGAGGAAAAGCGGGCGCACCCCCACCACCUCCUCUACUACGUGGUGGUGGCGGUAUAGUUGCAGCUCGACUAUUAAGUGGGGGCGUUAAACCUCCUCGCCGUACUGAUCAGCAAGCUGAUGUUUCUAAAGCUAAGCUGAAGCCAUUCUUCUGGGAUAAGGUUAUGGCUAAACCUGAUCAACAAAUGGUCUGGCAUCAGAUUAAAUCAGGAUCAUUUCAGUUCAAUGAAGAAAUGAUUGAAAGUUUAUUCGGUUAUCAAGCGCCAGAAAAGAACAAAGAUCUGGACAUGAAGAACUCUCCUGGGAAAGAACCAGCGAUGCAUUUCAUUCAAAUUAUUGAUCCAAAGAAGGCUCAAAAUCUGUCUAUUCUUCUAAAAGCACUAAAUGUGACAACCGAAGAAGUUUCUGCUGCACUUAAAGAAGGAAACGAGCUUCCGAUAGAAAUCGUUCAAACUUUGCUAAAAAUGGCACCGACGAGUGAAGAAGAACUGAGGUUGCGGCUAUAUGCUGGGGAUCUUAAUCGGCUUGGACCUGCAGAACGAUUUCUAAAAGUUUUGGUUGAAAUACCGUAUGCGUUUAAAAGGCUUGAAUCGUUGCUAUUCAUGUGCACGCUUCAGGAUGAGGAAGCAACGAUCAAAGAAUCGUUCCAAACUUUAGAGGCCGCUUGUAUAGAACUUAAAAAAAGCCGGUUGUUCCUCAAACUCUUGGAAGCGGUUUUGAAAACCGGAAAUCGCAUGAACGUUGGAACUUUCCGUGGCAGUGCAACAGCUUUCAAACUCGACACCCUCUUGAAGUUAUCAGAUGUCAAAGGAGUCGAUGGAAAAACGACUCUUUUGCAUUUUGUGGUACAGGAGAUCAUGCGGUCGGAAGGUUUAAGAGCGGUCCGUGCUGCAAAAGAAGGUAAAAGUGUUUCUAGCAUUAAAACCGAAGAUCUUCUUCUCGAACCGCCUCCCGAAGAAGCCGAUGAGCAUUAUUGCAAACUUGGGCUCGAGGUGGUGUCGGGAUUGAGUAGCGAACUCGAGAAUGUGAAGGAAGCAGCCAUUAUCGAUGCUGACGGGUUGACGAGUUCGGUUUCGAAACUCGGUUACGCCCUCAUGAAAGCCCGUGAAUCGUUGAAUACAGAUAUGAAGAACCUGGAGGAACAAUCAGAAGAUGGGGAAGUUGAUGAGUUUUGGCUCAUUUUAUCGAGCUUUGUUGAGACCGCCGAAAAGGAAAUCACGUGGAUGCUUGAGGAAGAAAAGCGAAUAAUGGCGCUUGUGAAAAGCACGGCCGAUUACUUUCACGGAAACGCCGGGAAGGAUGAAGGGUUACGAUUGUUUUCUGUUGUACGGGAUUUCUUGAUCAUUUUAGAGAAGGUGUGUAAAGAGCUUCAAGCCGCUCCUAUAAAGCCGCCAAAAAAGAAAGAAGACCCGUCUUCUGCAAAAACCGAUGAUCAGAGUCAGAAAAAAGGCGAUCAGAAUCAGCUUACGGAACGCCGAUUUUUCUGAUCAGACGUCAAUCGAUACUUCCUGCCAUAAAACUGAAACGGAUGCAAAACUCUAGUGGGACAGGUUUAAACGAGUACCGUAAAUGCUUUGACAACCUGAGA